GACCUUUAUUUACUCCUUGCUCACUAGAGGGAGGCCUUUUCCAGUUGUGCUCCUUUUAAAAGGAUUUCUCUUCUGCAUUGGCAAUGGAUUCCUUCAAGGCUACUAUCUGAGUUACUGUGCAGAAUACCCUGAAGGGUGGUACACAGAUAUACGGUUUAGCUUGGGUGUCUUCCUAUUCAUUUUGGGAAUGGGCAUCAACAUGCACAGUGACUACCUGUUACGCCAGCUCAGGAAGCCUGGAGAAGUCAUCUAUAGGAUUCCACAAGGUGGCUUGUUUACAUUUGUUUCUGGAGCCAAUUUCCUUGGUGAAAUCAUUGAAUGGACGGGUUAUGCCUUGGCCACUUGGUCCCUUCCAGGACUGGCAUUUGCAUUUUUCUCACUUUGUUUCCUUGGGCUGCGAGCUUUUCACCACCAUAGGUUUUAUCUCAAGACAUUUGAAGAUUACCCCAAGUCUCGGAAAGCCCUUAUUCCAUUCAUCUUUUAA